CUGAACUCAGACUUCUAGCCUCAUAAACUGUGAGAAAAUAAACUUCUGUUUGUUAAAGCCACCCACCGGUGGUAUUUCUGUUAUAGCAGCACUAGGUGACUAAGACACCCUCUGACUGUUCUAUCUAUUUAUUAUUGCAGUGUAGUAUAAUGGAUGAGAGCCUGGGCUGCCCCACUUAAAGCAUUUGCAUGACUUUUGGCAAGUUGCUUAGUCUGGCUAUACCCCAGUUUUGCACCUAUAAAAUGGGGAUCAUAAAAGCACCUCCUACCUCCUGAAGGUGCGGUGAGGAUUAAAGUUGUUAAUAUAGAGAGAGCAUGUAGUAGUCUUACAGCGUAUUUCCCAGCACACAGAGAGUGGUCUGUAAUUGUUACCUUCUUGUAGCUAGUCUGUGCCAGGUGCUGUGUUAAGCACAUCACAUACGUUAUCUCAUGGACUCACUGGAAGAAUUAUUGUUAGGUACAUUUUGCAGAUGAUACAACGGAGGCUCAGAGGUGACAUAACUUGCUCAGUGUCACACAGCUAGCAGGUGGUAUUGGUUCAGCCUUGUCAAAUUUGGCAAUGACCUCCCAAAAACUGAGGAUUGGGACCCUUGUUUUAUUUUUCGAUGCAGGAGAUGAUUGAAGAUACCUUGGUGUGUUGGGAGCUAGAUUGCACGUGGGUGAGUGAGUUGUGUGGUUGGGAGUUAUACAGUCAGAGGCUUUGUGUAGAUCUCCCCUUUGAGAAAGAAGCAGGCUGGUUCAAAGAAAGAGAAAUGGGAUAGUGGCUGGGGGAGAGGUAAUAGAGUUUAGGGAAGCUUUUCUCAAGGAAGGAAGACUUGAGUGUGUUCUUAGACUUGAAGGGAGAGACUUGUGAAGAGGGAAAGACAAAAGCAAGAAAGGGUAAGUGAAGGACAAUAUCUUGACGAGGUGAGGUCAGAUGGUGGGAAGACUGGUCAGUCUUAGAGGAGAGGAUAAACAAGCAAAGGGAAAUCUUGAGGGUGGGAGGUACAUGAUGUAAAACUAUAGCCUCCACGGUGUAAGUCGUUUGACAGCGAGUAGGACAGAAGAAUAAGGAUGCAGCGUGAAUGCAGAGCCCUGAAGGAGGUGGCUAAGCUUGCCAGUAUCCUCUCUGAGGAAUGGGAUGAGGGGUCAGUGGGGAGGUGCAUUUUAAGCACUACUGAUGACUUUGCUGAGGCUUUAAAAUACUUAUUUUUAGAGUGGGCCAUCAUAAUUCAUAAAUUAGAUACAGCAGUGAACAUUUUUGGAAAAGUGACAUUGUUCGUUUCUCUAUUUUUUUUGUAUUUGAUGACUCUUAAGUUUAUUCGGUAUGUCACUAAAAUAUGGCUUGUUAAAAAAAAGUUAAAAUGGUAUAGAAGGUAUAAAAUGGAAAGUAAAAAUUUUCCUUCAUAACCCACCCCCUGCACGCACGCAGACGCGCACACAUACUCACACACACACUUCUUAAUCUCCUUUCCUAUCAGUUGCCACUGUAAAUUGUUCCCUCUGUGUCCUUCCGUACAUUUUCUGUUUGUGUAUGUGUUGGUACCUACACGCGCAUGGAAGUGCAUAAAUAAAAGACAAUGCUUUUAACAAAAAUAUAAGUGGGGCUGUCACUUUACAUAUUAUUCUGCAACUUGCUAUUUCACCUACACUGUAUCUUAGACAUCUUUAUAUGUAGAACGUACAUUUUCUUUAUUCUUUUAAAUGGCUGUAUCAUUGUGUAUGGAAGGAUUUACCCUAAUUUAUCUCUUCUCUUGUUGAUGGGCUUGCUUAUUUAUGUUUUGGCUUCCUGUUUUUCUCUUUUUUUUCCCCUAUUGUAAGCAGUGAUUCCUUAUUCUUAGCAUGCCUCUUUGUACACUUGAGAGAAAAUUGCUGGGUCAAAGGGUGUAUUCGUUCUUAAUUGUGAAUUUUUUUUCCCCAAUGUUAUAUAAUUUAUACUCCCACCAGCAAUGUCUGAUGAAGCCUGUUUCCCCACACCCUUACCAAUUGGGUAUUGGGCACUGUUAAACUUUGUUAAGAUUUGCUGCUCAGAUUUGUUUUUUAAAUUCUAUUUUUUGUAUGCAUUUUCUUGUAUAAAUAAAGUUGUACUUCUUACUUUUUAGUGACCAUUUGCAUUUAUUUUUCUGUGAACUGCCUGUGAAUGACCUUUGCCGUGUUUUGUCCUUUUUUCUCUAAACACUCUUUGUAGCCUUUUGUCUUAAGCCAUUUGACAUAUUUUUCCAGUUUGUCGUUUGAUCUUUGAUGUUGUUUAUGGCUGUUUUUUUAUUCCCCAAGUAAAAGUGUUUAAUUCUUACCUAGUCAAGUUUGGCAUUUUUUCUUUAUAAGUUCUGUGGUUUUAAAUGACAUUUUUAAACUCUAUGAUUGUUCAUUGAAAUUAGAAGUUUUUCCAUGGAGACCACACUUAAAGUCUUUUUAAACAUAAUUAGAAAUUCAUUAUCCACUCUUGUUCUUUUAGAUAAUGCUUUUAAAAGUAAGAUUUGGGUUUAAAAUAAUAUCUAGAAAUGGAGGUGAAGAUGACAUGUAGAAUUUUUUGUUUUAGUUACGUUUGGGAUCUGAGAAAUUUUUACUCCUUUACUAGCUGUUCUUUUUAAAAUUAUCAGAAGCUCUAUUUUUUUAACUAUUGGAAUUUCAUUUUUACCUUAUUUAUUUAUUUUUACAGAAUUGUAGGGCUGUCUGCAGAGAUUUGAAAAAUGGCAACAAGUGAAAGUGUCGACAUCUUUAGUUCAGCAUCCUUGGCUGUGGAGAAUGUAGAUUCACUUUUACCUGAGAAUCCUCUUCAAGAACCAUUUAAAAAUGCUUGGAACUACAUGUUAAAUAAUUAUACAAAGUUCCAGUUUGCAAUUUGGGGAUCCCUUAUAGUUCACAACACUGUUUAUUUCUUGUUCUGUUUACCUGGAUUUUUGUUUCAAUUUAUACCUUACAUGAAAAAGUACAAAAUUUAGAAGGUUUCUCCAGAAACGUUUUCUUAAAGAUUUCAAUGUUUUCCUGUUUUUGUUGGGAAUCACUUUUGUAUCCAGCUGCCUUUGGUUUGUGGAAGCUAUUAUUUUUCAGAGUAUUUGAAUAUUCCUUAUGAUUGGGAAAGAAUGCCAAGAUGGUGCAUGCUUUUGCUAAGAUGCUUUGGCUGUGCCGUGGUUGAGGACACCUGGCACUAUUUCCUGCACAGACUAUUACACCACAAAAGAGUGUAUAAAUAUAUGCAUAAAAUUCAUCAUGAGUUUCAGGCUCCGUUUGGAAUGGAGGCUCUAUAUGCACAUCCUCUGGAACUCUUAUGGUUUGAAACUGGAUUUUUUAUUGGAGGCAUGCUUUUAUGUGAUCGUAUAAUUCUCCUUUGUUGGCUCUCCUUUCGUUCGACAGAAGCUAUUGAUAUCCGUCGGUGAGUUAUGCUUUCCAGUCAGGUGAUUAAGUAUCAUAAAAUGUCUUUAUUUUCAUGCUCCUAAGAUUAUCUGUAGACUAAUUGGAGAAAUUAAUUUUGUUAAAUGUUAUUAUUUAAAAAAAAAAGACUAAUCAUUGGACAAAAUUUCCAGUAAUAGAGAUAUUUGUCUAACACAAGGGGACCGUUACCCUCUCUAUGCUGUGCAAUCGUGAGAAUAUAUUCAUUAUUAUUUCGGCAAAUAAAAUUGUGAUAGGUACUGCGAAACUGCCUUUCAGAACGGUCCCUAGUUACA